AUGCCCUUCAGAGAGCGCAUCAAAGAGCUCUGCGGCGGCUGCUUUCGAGAACCAACCACCGGCGAGGAUCUACAACAACCGCCGCCACUGCCAGUACCACUCCCAGAUGUCGGUAAGGACGGCAUCUAUUCUCCCAGCCUAUCAUUCAUAUCUGAAACCAGCACUCGAUCAACCUAUUGUCCUCGCACAGAAGAAACCGUGCCGAUAUCUACUAUAUCGACAUAUAUCAAAGCAAUAAACAUCCUUUCCUCUCUACACCUAGCACCAUUGGCAUUCAUGAUUCUGGUCCUCUCGAAUCUCAUCGCCGUCAACGCGUUUAGUUGUGACCACAUUGGAAACCUCGCGGUGGUGACCUCGGCUAACCGUCUUUCAGAGCGCGAUGGUCCAGGAAUCGAGCCUGGAGAGCCCCGGGAAGUGCGGAAAGGUUACAUAGUCGGUCCCCCUUGGUCGUACUUGUUCUACCCACCACCUCCUUUUGGAUAUUCUACCGUUCCGGGCAUUUCAAGCUUUCCAAGAUCUACCCAAUCUCCAGCUCCACUCACCACGACCCCUUCAGCCCCAUCCAUCACAAACACCUCAUCAACAUCAGUCGUUGUAUAUCCCACCACUACUAUCUCGCCCUAUCCGUUGAGUUCACCAAGUGCGUCCCCAGCUUCUGGUGUUUCGCCUACGUCCGCGUCCCGAAGUACCAGUGUCCCCGACAGAGCAUCGUUUUCACCAACAAUCCCAGGCACAGCAUCCUCAUCAAGGACAUCGUCCUCCUCAAGCACAAAGUCCGUGGCUACUACUAACACUUCGGCUCCAAUCCAGACUUCAAAUGUUGUGCAAGUCGGUAACCAAUGGCUUGUCCCUGAAGCAGGCAUCUUUGACAAUCGGGCAUCGUUUACUUUCGGCAAUGGUUUCCCAGACGGACUCCAGAUCAGCAACUAUAGCAAUCACCAGAGGGGGAGUGGCCCAUCUCCUGAAGUUCCGUACAACCCCAAAUUCGACCCUGCAAAUGUACAUAUCAUGGAUGGAAUGCUAGCGUUGACUGUGCCGGGACAUCAAAGGCCCAACAAACACAAUGGUUGGGCGCUGAGCAGCGCUGAAGUCACAACCGUGAAAGAGAAUAUUUUACAUGGUAGUGUUCGGACAAGAGCUAUACUCAGCAAAGUGCCGGGGACUUGUCAUGGGUUUUUCUUUUAUCGGUCCGAUACUCAGGAGAUCGACAUUGAAUAUUUAACAGAUCCGUCAUCUCUCUCAAACAAUGGACCCGGUAAACGAAUUCCUAUGCACUAUACCAAUCAGGCUGUGGACCCGGAAGACGAACCGGAGACUCAGGCCACUGGAACUUCGCCUUUAGACUGUACAACAGCGGUCCACGAAUACCGAAUCGAUUGGACCUCGGACUAUACCGCAUUCUAUCUUGACGGCAAGUUACAGAAGAAGUUCACGACCAAUGUCCCAAGCGAGUCAGGACCUUGGGUCUGGAACAACUGGGCCAACGGGAAUAAAGGUUGGUCAGUCGGACCUCCGUCUAGCGACAACAUUCUCUUGAUCAAGAGCAUUGAAAUGUACUACAACACGGACUAG